UCUGAACUUCUGCGCUUCUUUUGGCUGCACAAAUUUGAGACAUUGCUUUCACUCAGGAAAAAAUUCAUCAAUCUCUGUAAACAUGGCAACAAUCGCAAUUACCCUAAUAACUGUAAUGAUGUUGUUUUUCGGCAUAUGCUGGGCACAAGACGGUUGUGUCGCCUACAGUCUCAGCCCAUUUACUAACCAGGCCGUGACUGUUAGCUCUCAAAAUGAUUGUUUUCUGGCGUGCGUAGCAACAACCAAAUGCUAUUACUAUAACUACAACGGUAACUGCACCAUCACAACAUUGUCAGCAGCGAUUGAUACAUCGAUAGAGAAAGCGUCAUUAGGGUUUGUGAUCUGUGCUAAUGAUGCGUCACACUGUUCAGCGUAUCUAAACUACCAACCGGCAAGCGCGAUUAGUACCAAUCACUAUGGCUGUUUUCAAAAUUGUGCAAACAACCCAAAAUGCAUUGGAUAUGCAUACAACAGUGGCUCAUGCACAACCCAAGUCUUGCAAGGAAAUGCCAUCGACGUCAGCUCCACCCAAAAUACAAAAGCAUUUGUUCGCUGCGAAAUGCUGCUGCCUGAUGGUACAGUUGAAUGUCGCUGUAACCCAGACAUUAGCUGUGGAGCUACUCAAUCUACAUCACCGGCAACAACAACCUUACCUUCAAAAACUGUACUAAAACUAGCCACAACACCACCAAUAAGUACCUCGUCGUCAAAAUCUAUUUCAUCGAGUAGUUCUACAUCUGUGAAUACUGCGAAUGGGUUGACAACUCAGGUUCCCACAUUUCAGCGUUCAAAUACAACACUUUCAGUAAAAAAGCUUACAAGGCCCGUCACUCCACCAACAUCAGCGAACUUACAGCGUAUUACAAACACGACUAGGAUACCUCAAGUCGUAUCUACCUCAUCCACAACGAAACCUAUAGUAACAACUACCUCUGAAUCACUCAGAUCUACGACAACGACUAGAAAAUCUAUAAUUAUGAAUACAACAGUCAAGCUAUCUACCUUAGCUGUCAAAUCUACAGCAAAAUCUCCAAUUUCUACAGCUAAAUUUACAACAGCUAAACCUUUUACAACUCCAGUGAAAUAUACAGUAACCACAUCUACCAAAACUACACAAAGAAUAUCACCUGUUAACCGAUUAAACACAACGCUAAAGCCUUCUACCAAACCUACAACUGAAACUAUUAGACCUACAACUAUGAAAGCUUCAACAUCCUCAAAUAAAUUAACAGCAACUACAACACCUGCAACUAUUAAGAUUGUAUCAACUACCAAAUCUACAACAACCAUUAAACCGACAUCCACACCAACAUUCUUAACAACUUUAAAAUCUACCAUAAGCACUACCAAAUCUACAACAAACAAACCUAAUACAGCACCCUACAAACUCACAACAACAACGACACCUAAAGCUGCUUCAGUGUCUACCAAAACCUUAACAACAGCAAAGUCUAUACUAACCACAAUUACGAAAAGUCCUACAAUAUCUUUUAAACAGUCCACUACAACUCCCAACCCUGCUAAAACUUCAACCAAACCUUCAGCUACAACUUUCAAACUUCCAACCACAACUAAAAAACUUACAACAGCCAACAAACCAACAACAAUAAAACCUGCAACUUCAACAGUGAAACCGUUUACCACACCAUACAAAUCCACACCUUCAUCGUCUACAUUUAAACCCUUAGCCACAACUAUCAAACAAAUAACUACAACUUACAAACCUAAAACAACAUCAGCAACCAUAAAAACGUCAACAACUCUCAAACCUUCAACAUCUACCAGCACGCCAACAACAACAUCAACCACUGUCAGAACACCAACAACAUUUAAACCUUUUACCUCAACUAACAAUCCAAAAACUACAACAAACCAAUAUCCAACAACAUCCACGACAUCUACAUCAUCAUCUCUCAGGUCUUCAACGCCAUCUCUUACAGUCACUACCAAGCCUGCAAUUCCAGUCACAACAUCUUCACCAUCAUCUAAACCGCUAACAACAACCUUCAAUUCAAUAACAACAAACAAACCUACAACAGCAACAGCAUCAUCCUCAUCAAAUAUGAAACCUACAACCAUCGUAUCUCCAACAACUAUCAAACUUACAACACCAACCACAGCAUCUGCAUUAAAUAAUACACAUGUGUCUACCAUUACAGCAUCAGCGUCCAAUGUCAAACUUACAACACCAACAACAAUAUCCUUAUCAAAUAAUACACAUUGGAAUACCGUUACAACAUCAACUACAAAUGUAAACCUUACAACAUCAACAUACAGAACUAAAACUUCAACCACAUUCUUACCCUCUACACCAUCUAUAAAUUCUACAACACAAGUAACAACUUUUAAACCUACAACAUCAACAACCUCAUCUACCACAGCAAAAAUUAACCAGUCUACUACAACCUCUCAAUCAACAGAUUUCAACCUAACCACAAUCGCAGCAAUUAAACCAUCCUCCACCAGACAUCAACCAUCAAACCUUUUGAAGUAA